UAGGGGCAAGUCUGCAAGGAGCAGCGCAGCACUCGUGGAACAGCGAAGGCGACGUCCAUCACACGCCGUGCACAGCUCGAGUGACAGCGGCUAAGUCACGGCCACAACCCUGGGCACACAAAGCGGGUAGACUCUGGAACCAAGAGGAGCUUCCCCGAUGACUCACUACAGGGUCCAGUGAACAGUCUCUCAGCAUCCCCCAAAAAACCAUCCAUCUCCUUCCCUAGCUUGCACAGAAAUUACCACUGGCAUGCAACCUGGCUCUAAGGAAGGAUGACUUUCAAGGUUUUACAAGUCAUCUGGAGAAGGUUGUUUUAGAAUACGGUUUUCUUAGCACAGCUGGAUAAGAUUCUGAUGCCGGAGUUCAGAAGUCAGGUGGGAGUUGCCCUAGAUCCCUAAGGUGAACUGCAGGAAGAUCCCAUCCCUGUUCGUGUGGGUGCAGAGCCAGACAAGAGGUGCACAGAGGCCAGAGCAGUCGACCUGUGCAGCCCCCAUGAGGAUGUCUCCUAGCCUUCAGGAAGGUGCUCAUCUUGGGGAAAGCAAACCCUCGCCCUGCUCCUUUUCAAUUGAAAGCAUUUUAGGAUUGGACCAGAAGAAAGACUGCGUUCCAUCCAUGAAACCCCACAGGCCCUGGGCAGACACCUGCAGCUCCUCAGAGAAAGAUACUAACCUGUGUCUACCAGUCCCGAGCCUUCCUAAUGGGAUCUUACUCCCUUGUACUGUGGAUUACCCAGUGCCAGCAGAAAGAGUUUUGAAAUAUGAAAAUUACUUUUCAGCCUCAGAAAGACUGUCUUUGAAAAGAGAGUUGAGUUGGUAUAGAGGCAGAAGACCAAGAACUGCUUUUACUCAAAACCAGAUUGAAGUGUUGGAAAAUGUCUUUAGAGUAAACUGCUAUCCUGGCAUUGAUAUCAGAGAAGACUUAGCUCAAAAAUUGAAUCUAGAAGAAGACAGAAUUCAGAUCUGGUUCCAAAAUCGACGUGCAAAACUGAGGAGGUCCCACAGAGAAUCACAGUUUCUAAUGGCAAAAAAAAAUUUCAACACAAAUCUCUUGGAAUAGAUAGAAAACUAAACGUGAAAUUAUCUUCCAAUUGAAGAACAUGAAGAAUCAAUAGAAAUAUCAAGUUUUAAAAGUGUGAUGUUUUCUUUUCUGCAUUUAAUCUGAACAUUGUCAUUUUUCUGAAAAUAUAAUGUAAAUAAUUACUAUUAUACCAUGGGUAACCUAUUAUACUUGGGCACUUUUAAAUACAAAAGGCCUUUUCUAUGUAUUUUAAUAAACAUUUUCAGAAAAAGCCAGCUAUUUUUUAAGUGAGCAAAUUUAAUCUAAUAAACUAGUUUGCUAAAAUCAA